AUGUUGUGUCCUCAUGCGAUCCUCGUCGUCGGGGCUCUGGGCCUACUCAGGAGUGCUAUAGAACAGUGGAGGGCUCAACUGCAAGAAAUGUCUGCUGAUCAAUGGCGUGCCCUAGAGGCACUGCGUGACCAUGGCGAUGUCACAGAUGAUAAUGCCCAGGUGGAUGACGAUGAGUCCUACGGUGCCUGGGAUGUUCUCAAUGGAACCCAGCCACUCGAUAUAAGUCAUGGAGGGGGAGAACUGCAGGAACUCACCCAUGGGAUUGCUGGUGAUUUUUGGAAUGCAUAA